AUGAAUAAAAAUUAAAAUAGUUUUUAAAUUUAACCACUUCUUCGGCGGUUGGUAUAUAAAUUUGAGGCAUGGAAGCGAAAAAAUCGAUGUGAGUCUGAAAAUUAUACAUUGCAAAUCGCAAAAACUUCCCGGAUGUCCAUGCAUUCAAACCUCUCCCGGAAAUUUAGCAACAAAUAUAUCUAUUCUAAUACUUCCGUCUGCAUCUCGAAAAUCUCCAAGCUCAUCCCACGCUGGAGAUCCUUUUCUUCGUAUAGCGACUCUAAAAAAAAAAACAAAAAUGAAGGAAAACAUUUAAAAAAACCAAAUGUAGAAAACAUUUUAAAAAAAUCACGCAUGUUUAAUUGA